AUGACUGUGGGUGAAAGAUACCUCUCGUUGGGCUGGUGUCCCCCCCCCCUCAGCCGAGUGGUCGGUUUAGUGAAUAGGAACAAAUCUCUCGGCCCUGAACGCACCACGGGCUGCUACACACAGCUGAUGGGCACCGACGAUAAGGAGCGUGCUAUGCGGAAGCUCUAACAGGAAGUCCAGCUACACAGACACACACACACUCACAGAGAAAAAAAAAAGUUGACAAAGAUAGCUAGCUAGUUAGCUAGCAGUGAAGCCGUUUUGGGUUUUUUUUGGACUUCAGAGAGUAGGAAAAAAUAUUAAAAUUGAUGACAGCACAGGAGGAGCCGUCUUUUUUUUGCCACAUGAGAUAAAUACACAAGAUGGAGGACUCCAGCAGCAGCAAGCCCUUCAUGGUGACAUCCUCUCUGAACUUAAAAGUCACCACCCCGUCCUUCUACAACCAGCCAAAGAAGUUUGCCUCUGUGGCACCACCACGGCCCAAAAGUCUGACACCUCCCUCAGCUCCAUCACCAACACCAAUAGGCACAGGUGUGAUUGGCCGAGUGGGAGAUCUGCCUCCACCGCCCACUUCAGCGUGUGAUGACUUCCCACCCCCUCCUCCUCCUCCUCCACUGGAUGAUGAGUUGCCAGCCCCUCCCCCCGAAUGCCAAACCAUACCCACAGCCUCCGACGCCCCCCCCCCCCCCGCCUUCCCCGCUCCACCUCCAGUGGCCGAUGACCUGCCCCUCCCAGCUCCCCCUGAGGAGAGUGCCUGUUCACCCACCUCCCCUUGUCCCCCUCCUCCCCCACCCCCUCCACCUCUCCCUGCCUCCGGUACCAGUAUCCUCACUGCUGCUGGGAACCCACAGAGACUGAUAGAGAAGCAGACAAGCUUCGAUAAACAGCUUGACUCUCUAACUGACUUGCUGUCUGAGAUGGAGACCAGGGGACCUUUCAACCCUAAGUUACCAAGCCAAUUUCCAUCAGUACCAGCACCCAAGCCCGCAGCUCCUCCCCCGACUGCUCCGAAACCAGCUCUUUCCUUCCUGCCACCCCCCGAGAUGGGAGACCGCCCGCCUCCAGCACCCUGGGCAGAAGAACUCAAAGCCAGAACGAACCGACAAGCCAACCACAGCAACUCUGCACCAAACUCUUUUGCUAAGGCCCCGGCUGUAGCUCCCAAGUCUGGUUUCGGAGGGAGACCGACAACGUCAUCAGCCUCUUUGGCACAAAAACUGAACCAAAACCUGAACCAAAACACCGCCCCAAUCAGUGUUGCUCCCAAACCUUCCCCUCCCUCUGCCACUAGCUCUUUCCCUCCACCUCCCGCAGCCACCAGCUCUUUCCCUCCAGCCCUCUCCGCCACCAGCUCUUUUCCUCCACCUCCCGCAGCUCCCCCUGCACCUCCUACCCCACCAAACAAUAUGGCGUCUGCACCAGCCUCUAAUCACAUAAAGAGUUCUCCCUUUGCCAGUCAGGUGAAUGCUAACCAAAACCCUCCUGCUGCUGUGCCUCCUCCUCAACCCAAGGCGAUGGCAUCUUCCCGCCCCUCUUUUAGCCAACCAAUGAGAGGUCCCUCUGCAUCAACGCAGCCCUCACCCCCUGGCCCAGUUCCUAUCCCGGGUGGAGGUGUUCCCCUGAACAUGAGAGAAGUAGAGGAGCUGGAGAGAAUGACCAAGGACUUCAUUAAAGACAUGGACACACACGCACCUGUCAUCACCUCCCCUCCUACAGAGGUCUGUGGGAAGUGUGGUGAGGCUCUGUCCCGUACCCAGCCAGCAGUGAGGGCCAUGGAUAAACUCUUCCACUCCAACUGUUUCUGUUGCAUGAGUUGCCAUCGCCCCCUGCAGGGCAUGCAGUUCUAUGACAGGGACGGAUCACCUCAGUGUGAGGACUGCUAUAUGAGUUCCCUGGCUGUGUGUUCCCGGUGUGGGGAGAAGAUCACAGACCGUGUGCUGAAGGCGGUGGGCCAAUGUUUCCACGCCCACUGUUUCCGCUGCAGCACCUGCUCUUGCACACUUGAGGGGGCACCCUUUAUCACUGAUGACAACAACAAUCCCUACUGUGUCCAGGAUUACCACAGGCGUUUCUCUCCUCUCUGUGUGAGCUGUAAUGAACCCAUUGUUCCAGCCGCGGGCAGCGAGGAGACAGUCAGAGUGGUGGCUCUCGACAAGAACUUCCACCUUAAGUGUUACCGUUGUGAGGAUUGCGCUCGCCCUCUCUCCAUAGAAGCGGAUGAAAAUGGCUGCUAUCCAUUGGAUGGUAGGAUCCUGUGUAUGAAGUGCCACACCCAGCGAGCCAAGCAAGCCGCGCACUGAUUGGCUGAAGCAGCGUCACUCAGAUUAACUAUGAACCAAAUCAAAAAAAAAAAAGAAGCACAGGAUUCAGUCAGCUGCCGUUUUUGCCUUUGAAACAGGGCUUUAUUCAGUAUAUGUGCGCAGGUGUGAGUGUGAAUGUGUGAAAAGGUAUGUUUGCAUGCAGAUAGUGUAGUAUUCCCUCGUCUCUGUUCACUUCAGUGCAGAAGUAAUGUACUGCAUUGGAAUAACGCCCCUCAUCUUUUUAUUCCCAAUCUCCAAUUUCUCAUCUAACCUUCUUUGUGUACUAGAGCGUAUUUUUUGUGCCAAUUCUCUGUUUACGCUAAAAUUUCCAGCAUAACUUGCACAAGAACAGUUUUGUCAAAAGAGCAGUGUGAUGAAAAUAAAGUUGCCUUUCUUCGUUUCUCCUCAAUAAUGUUAGUAGCACCAUGUUCUGGGAUAUUUCCAUUCAGCAGAUUUUACCACUAUCUUUAACACUUGUUGCAGUAAUUGUGCCUGUAAGCAUGGUUAAUGAAGCUUUCCAGCCUAGAAAGUGCUUCAUAUCAGCCAAUCUACUCUGAUAGCAUUUUAAAAUCAUCUAGGGCUAAACGUUGACUGCAAAAAAAGAUUUAAAACAGUGAAUGUCGCUCUUAGUUUUUUGUGAUGUGAAUUAGACGAUUUACAGGCAUGCGUUGUAUUAUGUCUUGUUGCGCUCUCUUAUUUGAUCGUACAUACUGUAUAAGGGCAAGAUUAGAACAAAAAUCUGCCAUUUUCUUCUCAAAAAUAGUUUAGUGCUGAUUUAACAGCGUAUUUUUAGAUGCAUGUUUUUUUGGAUGCACAAAUUUUGAACAAACAGACGAGCACAGAUUUGCCAAGCACAGAUUCCAUUCCAGGGAUCUCAUAAUUUAGAAAACUAUGUGGUUAUAAAUGUCAGCAGCAUGGCUGAAAACAGGACCUAAUAUGUGAUCGUUGCACAGUUCCAUAGUGAAAUAAAAUAUCCUUUUAGUGUCACUUUGACUCUAAAGCCCGCACAUGAUCAAUUUAGUUAGUUUUUUAAGUAGAUGCCAUCUAGAAAUAGUAGUUUUUGAUAUGCAUUUUCUUGGAAUCUCUUGCUUCAAAUAACAUAAUUUAUGGACCUUUUUUUUUUUUUUACUAAGUAUUAAGGUUAUAUGUGUACCAGUACUAAAUGACUUGUCCUUACAGCAGGAUAUUAAAUUGGUAGAGGCAUUAGCUUUGAGCUUUAGGUAACUGUAAGAUAAACAUAGUGACCAAAUAUUUCGAAGCUGUUGGCAAGAUUAUGCUUAAUAAAACAGUUGCAUUGGAUUCAAUGUUUGGACAUUCAUGUUUUUUAUCUCCUUUUUUUGUGUUUAAGCCCAGUUUUUUGGUCUUGAUCCAUUCUAUUGUUACAUUAAAUACCACUAUUCUUUCCAUUUUUCAUCUUUUGUACUUAAGCCUGUUCAUGUCUGUUAUAUACUAUUUUAUUCCUAUCUUUCUGUACUGUAUUUCAUUUGAUUGACAAAUGCUUACAAAUAUUAGGUUUCAUUUUUAACCUGGAGAUGUGCCUUCUCCACUAUUGUAUUCUACCAUUGUUCCUUUUGAAUUGAGCCUGGUUUGCAGCCACAAGAACUCAUUCCACAAUAAGAAAACAGUUGUUACUUGUGCUUGCAUUGAGCCUGGUGCAGUAUGACACCAGAACGACUUAACAUGGCAAUAGUUAUUCAGCAUUGCAUGCUAACUGUGUUGGUGGUGGCGGCAUUUCUUCUAGUAUUAUGUCUUUUGUUUGCACCAACUACUCCACCUUUGUGGCCCUGCCUUUGUCAUCACUAUGUGAUAUUAAACGUAUGAUGAUGCCUUCACAGUUGCAUUUAUCUGGCGUUUUGUUGUGUUAUGUCCUAUUGUAUUACAUGCGGAUGCCUUGUCUUUUCAUAUAACUUUUUUUUUUAUAAAUUCCUGUUUGAUAUGUGUGAAUGUGUAUAUGUUUAAAAACAUUAUUUAGCCCCACCCCUACCCCUUUGGCUGUAUUAAAAGAUAAACAAACAAAUAAAUAAAUAAAAUGCAAAGUACCAAA